AUGAAGGUCGCUUUACUUGCUUUGCUAGCCCUAGCUGGGACAUCCCUUGCCGGUCCGACUGCUGUCCUGCAAGUCCGGAGUCCGCCACUGGCUGGUUCAGAACAAGCCCGUGAGCUUUUCGAGCUAGUUAGGAAGGGAAUGCUAAGCUGGGGCCUGGCGGGCGCUAUUCAUCCUCCCAGCGGGCACAUCAGCGCCCCGUCGGCUAACCUACCCGGCGGCCUACCCGAACUAAACAGGGCCCAUCCCCCGAAGCAUGGCGGUGUGCCUGGUACGCCUGGCCACCCUCUUGGCCCUUAUAAGAAGCAAGGGCGUAUAUAUGACAGGCGCAGAUCAUGCGUAGCGCAAAAACGCAGCGGUAUACAGUGCCCCGCCGGCACGAGGGCGACCAAACGAGCGUUCCCCAAGCUUCGCCUCAACGGGCAGGGCGGGGUCAUGGUGGCUUUUUCGACCCUUUCGCCUCAUGCGCAUAAAAUCCUGGAUACGGUUAAGAACUGGGACAACCCAAUUAGCGCCGCCGUUAGAUGGUUUGAUGAGUCAAUUACGGGCCUCCAGGAGGCCAUUGGUGGAAAGUACGUUCCUGAAAUCGACGGUAACGAGCUAAAGCUACGGCUUAUCUGUCUUUUCCGGGGUAGCCCCGACAACCCAGACGUCAUUGACAACCUAUGCAAGCGCCAGCAGGACGAGCCUCUCGAGAUGAAGAAACAGCAGCAGGCCAUUGAUGGCCUAAACCAGGUUAGCGACCUGUGCCAAAAGGUAGAGGAACAGGGUCCUCCUAUAGAUGUCAAGGUAAAGAGGGACGUGUUAGCACUCUGUGACAUAUAUAGCAAGACCUUGGAGGGCAUGGCCGACGCUAACGCCGGCCUCAUCCUGCUAGGCGAGUGGGCUCGUGCCCGUACGCUGAACAACCAAGACCUUGAGGAAUCAGAUGUGGCUAUCGCACAAGGAUUCAUCCAAGACGGCGCCUUUGGUCCCGCCAUAGCCACAAACGAAACAGAGGCAAGUGCUAUUGCCGAGCUAUACAUGGCACACAUGUCGAGCUACACGAUUAUGGAAGUUGAAGAGAACGGGGAAGAGGUGCUCAUCGACCACACCAAGCCGCCCGUAUGGCUCGAGCUGCUGCAGACGGGCGCGGGGUUUGUGCCCGAGGACCGGGGCGCGAUUAACCAGGCGCUAAAGUUUCUUCAGGGCACGCCGUACCUGUACCAGUUUGAUAAUGAGGGCAGGGCGGACGAUCGCUUCGACAAGGUCCAGACGUGCUGGAGCCACGCGGGCCUGCUCAUGUUCCAGCCGAGGCGGUGGGACAUGAUUGCGGCGGCCAUGACCUACCUCGAGGGCAGGGUGCGGGACCUCAACCUGGAGAUGACGUUGGCGUGCGCGCCGUGCUUGGUGCCCACGGGCUAUUGGGUGCUGCGUUGCGGAUCGGCCGUGCCAUGA